AUGCAAGAUCAAUCUUCCCCCCAACCCGGGGGCUUUGUCCAACCCGCCGCCGGCCUACUCUCCCCGGCACCCUCAACCGCCGUCGUCUCAUCGCCCGCCGCGGCCUCACUACCCCAGCCCCGGCGGAAACCGCUGAACCCCGGCGGCAGCAAGGAAGACCAGGUCCGGCGCGACCUCGAAGAGGCGCUCCUCAGCAUCUCGCGCCGCUACGUGAAAAAGUUUAGCGGCCCGGACCCCUCCGACGCCGUCGUUGGCUUCGAGACCUUUGGUGAGGUGGCGGCCGCGCUUGACGGCGUCAUCGACACCCUGUGGCGCUCCGGAACUCCCUCCUUGCAAGUACCGUUCCUGCUCAAGGUCUGCGGCGACUUUACACAAUACGUGCGGUCGUUCCCGCCUGCGCCCGCGGCCACGUUCCGGCUACUGGGCAAGAUGGACCACUGCUUCGCCAGCCUGCUCUGCGGCAAGGACAUUGUCACGCAGGAGACCCUGCCAGGCUUCGAGAACGGGCUGCGCGAGGGCAUGACGACGACGGACAUGGUCCGCUGCCGCAGUCUGGUCGAGCAGACGCGGGUUCUGAUAGUGGAGAUUAUGAGCAAUGAAAGCAGUGAGGAUUCUGAUGAGGACGAUGAAGACGAGUAUGAUGAUGAUGACGACGAUAACGAUGAUGAUAAUGACGAUGACAACGAAGAUGACAAUAAUAAUGACGAUGGUGAUGGCGAAGGUGACGAAGAAGACCUUGCCUCUGUCCACCUUGGCGCCGCUCGCGUUUUUGAAAACACCAUUAUCCAGUUGAACAAUAGAAUGGGAGACGGCGGACUGGCCUCUACAUAG